AACAGCGUCGGUCGUGAAAGAUGGCGGGGCGCAGUGUCGGUCCCCGGAGACGGAGCGUUCCAAGCACUCCGCUCCCGCAGCGUAUUCAGCAACCUGCUGCGCCUCGACGUGACCUACUUGCCCGGGAGGAAGAAUAUAAGCGUUUAAAUGCAGAAUUGGAGGCAAAAACAGCUGAUCUGGUUCGACAAGCUGAGGAAGUAAUAAGAGAUCAGCAAGAAGACCAAUCGAGGCCUGUUUCAACACAAAUUAAAUCAUAUGAAAAGGAAGAGGAUUGCAAUUUAAAAGGUCUGUUGUCUGAAGGGAUAGUUCAUCUUCAUUCAGAAACUAAGCCAAAGACCAAAAAUGUUGAUGCAGUGAACAAGAUUCAAAACAAACUACACUCUACAAAUAAAGGAAGGAAAACAAAUUCAAGUAUAAAAUUGAAAUACUUUGAUGUACAGACUGCCAAUGAUGUUGCCAUUCCAGAGGAUUUCUCAGACUUUUCUCUUGCUAAAACAAUUAGUAAAAUUGAAGGGCAACUGGAGGAAGAAGGCUUACCUGAUUAUAUCGAUGAUGAUAUUUUUUGUGGUGUUAGUAAUGACAUUGGAAUAGAAGCACAGAACAGAUUUCUAAAGGCCAAACUCCGUGUUAUGCAGGAGGAAUUGGAUAAUGUUGUAUAUGAAUGCAAUAAGAAGGAAAAUGAAAUUCAGGAUUUAAAGUCUCAAAUAAAAAACUUGGAAGAAGAUUGUAUGAGACAGCAGCGAACAAUUAAUUUGCAACAGUCUCAAACAGAAAAAUAUAAAACUCUUUUCGAGGAGCUAAAUAAAAAAUGUGAUGGAUUACAGCAACAGCUGUCUUCAGUAGAAAAGGAAUUAGAAAAUAAAAGAAGACUACAAAAACAGGCUGCUACUAAUCAAAGUGCUACAGAAGUUCGGUUGAAUAGAGCUCUAGAAGAGGCAGAAAAGUAUAAAUUGGAGUUAAGUAAAUCAAGGCAAAAUAACAAGGAUAUAGCCAAUGAAGACCACAAAAAAAUUGAAGCAUUAAAGUCUGAAAACAAGAAGCUAGAAAAACAAAAAGGAGAAUUAAUGAUAGGGUUCAAGAAGCAGUUAAAAUUAAUUGAUGUUUUAAAAAGGCAGAAGAUGCAUAUUGAAGCUGCCAAGAUGCUGUCUUUCACCGAAGAGGAAUUUAUGAAGGCACUUGAAUGGGGAAAUUGA